UAUUUCGCCAGACGGGACGUCACGCACGGCUCCCGAACGCCUCCCGUGCCGGCGAGUCCCCUCCCGGGGUAGGAGAGGAGGGUCCAGGGGCGUCUCCCUGGGCGGGGAAGCGCUGCCGGGGACGGCUAGCUCACUCGGCGCUCGGCUGCCCGUCGGGUCCAUUCGGUAGCUCUUCGCCGUACGCACGUCCCGAUUACAAGCAAGCGGGAGGAGGCGUUGAAGCGGCGGCGGCGGCGGCGGCGAGGGCGGCUAUCCGUGGAAUGCGCUGAAGAUGGCGGCCGGCCGGAGAGCGCCCAAGAGCGGCUUGCUGGAACUGCGAGCGCCGGGCGAGCAGUGGCUGCGCGUCCUGGUGACUCUUUCCGAGGACUUCUUGAGCGUCGUCCCCAGCACCAAGGGCUCCGAGGAGCCGCUGCAGCCGCCGCCCAGCCCCGUGCAACUAAACGGUGCCGAGGCGUGCGCCCUUGUCCCGGACUCGCUAACCAACAUCAAGCGCACGGUGCGGAUCGUCAAGCAGGACGUGGGGGGGCUCGGCAUCAGCAUCAAAGGUGGUCGGGAAAAUAAAAUGCCCAUCCUGAUAUCCAAGAUAUUUAAAGGGCUGGCUGCAGACCAGACAGAAGCACUGUUUGUAGGGGACGCUAUCCUUUCCGUCAACGGUGGUGACCUGUCUGAUGCCUCACAUGAUGAAGCGGUGCAAGCUCUGAAGAAGACUGGCAAGGAAGUGGUACUGGAAGUCAAAUACAUGAAGGAAAUCUCUCCUUAUUUUAAGAAUUCCUCAACUGGUUCAUCUGUAAGUUGGGAUUCUUCACCAGGCUUUCAGAAGCAAGCUUCUCCAACUCUCUCCCUACAAGACCUCAAGGAAGGGAAGACUAUCCCGUUAAAAAUGUGCUACAUAUCAAGGAAGUGUCUUCCAAAUGAUCCAGAAAACAGUCUUAAGGAAAAUUCAUCUUGCAGGUACCUAGGUAGAUUUAUAUAUUUUUCCUGUUUUCCCCCCCUAGCCUGUACAUGGAAUGGGAGGGACUGCACCCUGUCCAUCCACAUUGACAAGGGUUUCACCAUUUCCACCCUGGAGCCAGGCCUCACCAAUGUUGUUCUUCUGCAGCAACCCUUUGAGAAGCUACAGAUGUCUUCAGAUGAUGGGGCCAAGAUGCUUCACUUGGAUUUUGGCAGCUCAGAGGGAGAGAUUCAACUAGAUCUUCAUUCCUGUCCCAAAACAAUUGUCUUCAUCAUCCACUCAUUCCUCUCUGCCAAAGUGACCCGGCUUGGGUUAUUGGCAUAGGGAUGUAGAGCAAACUCGGGAGAGAAGCAAGACUUCGUGCAAUCUAUGCAGUAUAGUUCUACCUUCAUGGUGAAAAUAAAGGGUUGAAAUACAGACUGGAACAAGAACAACAUGGUGCAAAACAUCCAUGGCUGGAAAAAAAAACCUGUUUGAAGAAAGCAAAUGGACAGCUGUCAGAAUGUUCAUCUUAAGACUUGACAACUGAUACCAAGAUAGGAUAUGACAUCUCCAUCCCAUCUCCUACAUCAGAGAUGAUUCUAGUGAAGGUGUCAAACCAAUCCAAUUUAGCCAUCACAUUAGUGCCUUGAAGAUGAUAUUUUAUAUAUACGUAAAUAUAUAUAUAUCUCAAAUCUGUUUGUAUCAAGGUUUUAUAUUUAUAUAUAGUUCAUUUGCUGUCUUAGUGGCUUUUAGUCUAGAGUUUCAACACUAUUUUAGACCCAAGCUACUACACUGUACUGACCUAUUUGGGAUUAAUCCACUGAACCCAGAAAGAUUUACUUUUAAGUGAAUAUGCAUUGGGUUGGACUGAAAAUUCAGUGAAAGUGCAUAAGAUUUAGCAUAAAGCCAUUUUUUUACAUGCAGCACACACAAGUUAACUGUCUAAAACCAACCUUUUUUAUUUAUCUAAAAUUUGGAGUUAGUUACAGAAGCCUUUUUUUAAGGAAACAGCAGGAAAUAACUUUAAUUUUGCGUAAUCUUAGCCCCAUAGUUUUUAUUCAUCAAAUAUAACUGGAGGUGCUUUUUUUGACAGGGGAAGCAAUUAAUUUUAUAAGCUAAAAUUGUGCAUGAAAUUUGUUUUCAUUUUUGUCAGAAUAAAUCUAGAUUGCUGAAGGUGACUAAAGCAAACCUUUUCCAAUUUAUCUUGAAAGUAACAUUUGGAAUUACACAUUGAGCUCGAAAUUUAUCAAUUUUUGACACAACAGUGGCUUUCUCAUCUCAAUUUAAUUUUAAUUGGAGUGGCUUUCUAGCUGCCAACUGCUGCCAUGGUUAUUAUCAGUCUAAUUAGGGUCCUGUUGUUUAAUAAUUUUAACUAUAUUAAAACAGCCUACACAACUU